GACUAUUGAUCAAUUAAGAAAAUCUGACGAAAGUCUCAUUAUGGCAACACCUGCGCGGCGACAGACAUAUAAAUAGCUGCGCAGGCGCCAUGUUAGAUCUUCUCGUGCAAGUGGGGCAAGAUGUCUCACCGCAAGUUUAGUGCACCCCGCCAUGGGUCUAUGGCAUUCUACCCCAAAAAGCGAUCAUGUCGCUACCGUCCGCGAGUGAAAGCAUUCCCCAGAGAUGACAAGGAUAAGCCUGUUCAUCUUACUGCCUUUCUUGGAUAUAAGGCUGGUAUGACUCACAUUGUCAGGGUGGCAGAUAAACCAGGAUCCAAAAUUAACAAAAAGGAGGUGGUGGAAGGUGUGACAAUUAUAGAAACUCCUCCAAUGGUGUGUGUGGGCUUUAUUGGCUACAUUGACACCCCCAAAGGCCCCAAGGGUUUCAAGACUAUUUGGGCUGAGCAUCUCAGUGAGGAGUGCAGAAGGCGAUUCUACAAGAACUGGCAUAAGUCAAAGAAGAGGGCCUUUACUAAUGCCACCAAGAAAUGGCAGGAUCCAGUUGGCAAGAAAGUUAUUGCCAGGGACAUCAAGAAGAUGAAGAAGUAUUGCACCUCAGUUAGGAUUAUUGCUCAUACUCAGAUUAAGCUUUUGAGGAAGAGGCAAAAGAAGGCCCAUAUGAUGGAAAUUCAGCUGAAUGGUGGCGAUAUCUCGGCUAAAGUAGAUUGGGCUGUCCAGCACUUGGAGAAACAGAUCCCUGUCAGUUCUGUCUUUGGUCAAGAUGAAAUGAUUGAUGUUAUUGGUGUGACCAAGGGUAGAGGAAUGAAAGGUGUGACAUCCAGGUGGCACACCAAGAAGCUGCCCCGUAAGACACACAAGGGUCUGCGUAAGGUAGCUUGUAUUGGUGCUUGGCAUCCCAGUCGUGUGCAGUUCACUGUUGCUCGUGCUGGUCAAAAGGGUUAUCACCAUCGUACAGAGAUGAAUAAGAAAAUUUACCGAAUUGGCAAAGGAAUCCAUACUGUUGACGGAAAGGUUGUUAGGAACAAUGCUUCAACUGAAUAUGACUUGACAGAAAAAUCAAUUACUCCAAUGGGUGGUUUCCCCCAUUAUGGUGGUGUAAGGCAAGAUUUUGUUAUGAUUAAGGGCUCAUGUGCUGGCAAGAAGAAGCGAUUGGUGUGUCUCAGGAAGUCCCUGUACAAUCAGACCAAACGUGUGGCCUUGGAAAAGGUUUCCCUUCAUUUCAUCGAUACUUCCAGCAAGUUUGGUCAUGGUCGCUUCCAGACAAAGGCCGAAAAGCGGGCCAAUAUGGGUCCUCUCAAGAAAGACAAGGAGAAGCUGAAGAAGUAAAAUGUUUUUCCAAUAAAAUUAUUCUUGGGAAA